GGGAACAGACACGUGGGUGCUCGCCCCGCCCGUUCCGGGGUGGCCCCUUCCCGGUGCCUGUUCGCCCCGCCCGUUCCGCCGGCGGCACCGGGACCAUGGGGGUCACCUGCGUGUCGCAGGUGCCGGUGGCCGAGGGCAAGAGCGUGCAGCAGACGGUGGAGCUGCUGGCGCGGCGGCUGGAGGCGCUGGGCGCGGACAAGCAGGGCACCUUCGGCGUGGACUGCGAGACCUACCACACGGCCGGGGCCAUCGGCACCCAGGGGCAGACAGGGAAGCUGAUGUACGUGAUGCACAACUCCGAGUACCCCCUGAGCUGCUUCGCCCUCUUCGAGAACGGGCCCUGCCUCGUGGCCGACGCCAACUUCGACACCCUCAUGGUGAAGCUCAAGGGCUUCUUCCAGAACGCCAAGGCCAACAAGAUCGAGAGCCGCGGCACCCGCUACCAGUACUGCGACUUCCUGGUGAAACUGGGCACCGUCACCAUGGGGCCCAGCGCCAGGGGCAUAUCCGUGGAGGUGGAAUACUGCCCCUGUGUGAUCGCCAACGACUGCUGGAACCUGCUCAUGGAGUUCAUGCAGAGCUUCAUGGGGAGCCACACGCCCGGGAUCCCGUCGGUGUUCGGGGCCAAGCACGACAGCGUGUACAGCCCCGGGGACACCAUGGUGCAGUACAUGGAGCUCUUCAACAAGAUCCGCAAGCAGCAGCAGGUGCCCGUGGCUGGGAUCAGGUGAGAGGAUUCCCUGGAGCUCCUCUGGAUGCACCCUCCUUGCUGCCUGCCCGGCAGGAUCGGGAGUCCCUCCGAAACGCGGCACGGGAUGGUUUUUUUUCUUCUGCAUCUUCUCCUUCCCCUGGUUCAAAGCAGAGUUUUCCAGUGCUGUGUGUGUUUCUGGUUGUUCUCCAUGGUUUGGAGCGUGUCUGGGAUUGGAUCCAUGGUUCUGUGGAUUGGUUCAGUGGUUCUUUGGGCAGUGCUUCGUGCAGGGAAUCAGUGUCCAUCAGCAGGAAACUGCAGGAAAAGGAGAAAUUCCAGCCAAACACAAGGGCAGAGCUUCUGUGACUGCAAACAGCUACGGAACAGAGCUUUUAAUUUUUUACUUUUUUUUUUUUAAUAUCCACAUAAAAGUGUCUUCUUUUAUUUCACCCCAAUAAACCUGUAUUUUUGGAG